AUGACGGACAAGCUUCCGCCAAAUCUCCUUGCCUUAUUUCAGCCUCGACCUCCUCUACGCUACAUUCCGCCUCAAGACGCUGCACCGGAAGAACGGGCAUCGAAGAAAUCAGAGCUAUCUGGAAUAGCUGCAUUCCUCCCCCAGUUCGAACAGUACAAACAGGAAGAUGUAUAUCAUCCUACUGAAUCAUGGCUACAAAAGCGCGAUCGAAAGCUAUGGGAGAAAAAGAUGCGCCUAGCAGAGAUCCAACGCGAAGACUUCUCAGGUUACCGACCGCAGGAUGACCCGAAAAUAAAGGGCGAUGCGGCUAAGACAUUGUUCGUGGGUCGCCUCAGUUAUGAUGUCAAAGAGGCAGACCUAGAGCGCGAAUUUGGAAGGUUUGGUCCCAUUGAAAGGAUCCGAAUCGUCAAGGAUGAGACCACUCCAAAGCCCAAGAAGCCGCACCGGGGUUACGCCUUCAUCGUAUUUGAACGAGAGAAAGACAUGCGAGCUGCCUACAAAGAAACGGAUGGUUUGCGGAUCAAGGAUCGAAAAGUCGUGGUAGACGUUGAACGAGGUCGCAUGGUGCCGGGAUGGAGACCUAGAAGAUUUGGUGGCGGUCUUGGUGGACGAGGCUACACCAAACAGGCUCCUGCGAGACCGACAUUCGGCGGACCACCAGGUGGAUUUGGAGGUGGGUUCCGUGGAGGCUUUGGCGGCCGUGGAGGAUUCCGCGGAGGCUUUCGCGGUGACCGCGGGGGCUAUGGCGGACGAGGGGGCAUUGGCUACCAAGGAGGAGGUGGCUUCGGCGGAAGACAAGGAGGUUAUCAAAGUGGUCCCCCGCCUCCUAACGCGCCCAGUGGGCCUGGUGGUGGCCGCGGAGGGUAUGGCGGUUACGACGACCGACGAAACGGAUACGGAGGCGGCAGAGACUAUCGUGGCGGUACCGGAAGCAACAAAGAUCCUCUCGGUGGACGCGAUCGCGGGUAUGACGACCGUGACCGCGAACGUGACCGAGAUCGGGAUCGCGACAGAGACAGAGACCGUGAUCGUGACCGAUAUGGUGGCGGCAGACGUGAGGACGAUUAUGGCUCCCGGAAGCGCUACCGCGACAACGACGGACACGACGACCCGAGACAGCGCCGAAGGUAUUAA